AUGGGUGCAAUCAUCGGGAUGUCGCCGGAUAAGAAAGCGGAAACGCCGGGGAUGCAGGGGGAGAGGGCGGGGCUUAGGGGCUUGUGCCGGGGGGUGGGGACUCUCCCAGAGGCAGAGUGCGGUGCAGCCAGCCCAUUGGCCACCAGUCUGGACCGGGGUUCCGGGGGCUCUGAGGACGAGGAGCUCACCAACCUCAACUGGCUCCAUGAGAACCUGCUCCAGAACUUUACCCUAGGGGGGCCCGGUGAGGCCGGGGGGGCCCAACCCAGCGCCAGCCCCCUCUUUGACAUUGAGGGCAACACCGGAGCCCCGCAGAACCCCCCCUCUUCAUCCUCUUCCACCUCGUCACAGAGGGACUCGUUGAAGUCCAAGCCUCCAUUCUCAUUCUCUCUGUUGAUCUACAUGGCCAUAGAGCAGAGCCCCAGUAAGAGCCUGCCGGUGAAGGACAUCUAUGGUUGGAUCGUACAGCACUUCCCCUACUUCUCCUCGGCCCCCACCGGCUGGAAGAACAGCGUCAGACACAAUCUGUCACUCAACAAGUGUUUCCGCAAGGUGGAGAGGAGCCUGGGAAUGGUGAGGGAACUUUGAGAUGCGCGCACACACUUUGUUUGUUGGCAGUGCCUAGGUUGUGGGUUCGAUUCCCGCAAGGAUCACACACAUUUUAUACAAGUUCUCAUCUGACUAGGGAUGGGCUUAAGUUCUCAUCUGACUAGGGAUGGGCGUUAGUAAACCAGCACUCGAACGGACGUCAAUGCUCGAUCUUUAACCAGAGAUCUAAUUUUUUUCAAAUGCUGUAAAACCAUUUGGUGAAAUGUGCUUUGUGGCAGCCCAAAUGGGAAAAUGAAAUGUUAUCCCUCCCCAAAAAAUGAAAUUUUGUCAACGUUAAUUUGCUUUGACUAGUGUUCCAUUUGUACACUGCAUUUGGAAAGUAUUCAGACCCCUUGACUUUUUCCAAAUUUUGUUAUGUUACGGCCAUAUUCUAAAAUUGAUUUUAAAAAAUGAUAAUAAUAUCAUCAAUCUACACACAAUACCCCAUAAUGACAAGGCAAAAGCUGUUUUUUUAUACAUGUAUAAAAAAUAAACAAACAAAUAUUUAUUUAUUUAUUUAACCUUUAUUUAACCAGGUAAGCCAGUUGAGAACAAGUUCUCAUUUACAACUGCGACCUGGCCAAGAUAAAGCAAAGCAGUGCGAUUAAAAACAGCAACACAAGAGUUACAUAUGGAAUAAACAAAACGUACAGUCAAUAACACAAUAGAAAAUCUAUAUACAGUGUGUACAAAUGUAGUAAGUUAUGGAGGUAAGGCAAUAAAUAGGCCAUAGUGCAAAAUAAUUACAAUUUAGUAUUAACACUGGAGUGAUAGAUGUGCAGAAGAUGAUGUGCAAAUAGAGAUACUGGGGUGCAAAUGAGCAAAAUAAAUAACAAUGUAUGAAAAAUGUAUGCACUCACUAACUGUAAGUCGCUCUGGAUAAGAGCAUCUGCUAAAUGACGUAAAUGUAAUGUAAAUAACAAUAUGGGGAUGAGGUAGUUGGGUGGGCUAAUUGCAGAUGGGCUGUGUACAGGUGCAGUGAUCGGUAAGCUGCUCUGACAACUGACGCUUAAAGUUAGUGAGGGAGAUAAGAGUCUCCAGCUUCAGAGAUUUUUGCAGUUUGUUCCAGUCAUUGGCAGCAGAGAACUGGAAGGAAUGGCGGCCAAAGGAGGUGUUGGCUUUGGGGAUGACCAGUGAGACCUGCUGGAGCGCAGACUACGGGUGGGUGCUGCUAUGGUGACCAAUGUUCUAGAAGUGAUUUAUAGAUGACCUGGAGCCAGUGGGAUUGGCGACGAAUAUGUAGUGAGGGCCAGCCAACGAGAGCGUACAGGUCACAGUGGUGGGUAGUGUAUGGGGCUUUGGAGACAAAACGGAUGGCACUGUGAUAGACUAAUAAUAAUAAUAAUAUGCCAUUUAGCAGACGCUUUUAUCCAAAGCGACUUACAGUCAUGCGUGCAUACAUUUUUGUGUAUGGGUGAUCCCGGGGAUCGAACCCACUACCUUGGCGUUACAAGCGCCGUGCUCUACCAGCUGAGCUACAGAGGACCACUACAUCCAAUUUGCUGAGUAGAGUGUUGGAGGCUAUUUUGUAAAUGACAUCACCGAAGUAAAGGAUCAGUAGGAUAGUCAGUUUUACGAGGGCAUGUUUGGCAGCAUGAGUGAAGGAGGCUUUGUUGCAAAAUAGGAAGCCGAUUCUAGAUUUAACUUUGGAUUGGAGAUUCUUAAUGUGAGUCUGGAAGGAGAGUUUACAGUCUAACCAGACACCUAGGUAUUUGUAGUUGUCCACAUACUCUAGGUCAGACCCGUCGAGAGUAGUGAUUCUAGUCGGGUGGGCGGGUGCCAGCAGCGUUCGAUUGAAGAGCAUGCAUUUAGUUUUACUAGUGUUUAAGAGCAGUUGGAGGCUACUGAAGGAGUGUUGUAUGGCAUUGAAGCUCGUUUGGAGGUUUGUUAACACAGUGUCCAAUGAAGGGCCAGAUGUAUACAAAAUGGUGUUGUCUGCGUAGAGGUGGAUCUGAGAGUCACCAGCAGCAAGAGCGACAUCAUUGAUAUACACGGAGAAAAGAGUCGGCCCAAGAAUUGAACCCUGUGGCACCCCCAUAGAGACUGCCAUACAGUGGGGGAAAAAAGUAUUUAGUCAGCCACCAAUUGUGCAAGUUCUCCCACUUAAAAAGAUGAGAGAGGCCUGUAAAUGUCAUCAUAGGUACACGUCAACUAUGACAGACAAAAUGAGAAAAAAAAUCCAGAAAAUCACAUUGUAGGAUUUUUAAUGAAUUUAUUUGCAAAUUAUGGUGGAAAAUAAGUAUUUGGUCAAUAACAAAAGUUUCUCAAUACUUUGUUAUAUACCCUUUGUUGGCAAUGACACAGGUCAAACGUUUUCUGUAAGUCUUCAAGGUUUUCACACACUGUUGCUGGUAUUUUGGCCCAUUCCUCCAUGCAGAUCUCCUCUAGAGCAGUGAUGUUUUGGGGCUGUCGCUGGGCAACACAGACUUUCAACUCCCUCCAAAGAUUUUCUAUGGGGUUGAGAUCUGAAAACUGGCUAGGCCACUCCAGGACCUUGAAAUGCUUCUUACGAAGCCACUCCUUCGUUGCCCAGGCGGUGUGUUUGGGAUCAUUGUCAUGCUGAAAGACCCAGCCACGUUUCAUCUUCAAUGCCCUUGCUGAUGGAAGGAGGUUUUCACUCAAAAUCUCACGAUACAUGGCCCCAUUCAUUCUUUCCUUUACACGGAUCAGUCGUCCUGGUCCCUUUGCAGAAAAACUGCCCCAAAGCAUGAUGUUUCCACCCCCAUGCUUCACAGUAGGUAUGGUGUUCUUUGGAUGCAACUCAGCAUUCUUUGUCCUCCAAACACGACGAGUUGUGUUUUUACCAAAAAGUUCUAUUUUGGUUUCAUCUGACCAUAUGACAUUCUCCCAAUCCUCUUCUGGAUCAUCCAAAUACACUCUGGCAAAAUUCAGACGGGCCUGGACAUGUACUGGCUUAAGCAGGGGGACACGUCUGGCACUGCAGGAUUUGAGUCCCUGGCGGUGUAGUGUGUUACUGAUGGUAGGCUUUGUUACUUUGGUCCCAGCUCUCUGCAGGUCAUUUGUGUGGUUCUGGGAUUUUUGCUCACCGUUCUUGUGAUCAUUUUGACCCCAUGGGGUGAGAUCUUGCGUGGAGCCCCAGAUCGAGGGAGAUUAUCAGUGGUCUUGUAUGUCUUCCAUUUCCUAAUAAUUGCUCCCACAGUUGAUUUCUUCAAACCAAGAUGCUUACCUAUUGCAGAUCCAGUCUUCCCAGCCUGGUGCAGGUCUACAAUUUUGUUUCUGGUGUCCUUUGACAGCUCUUUGGUCUUGGCCAUAGUGGAGUUUGGAGUGUGACUGUUUGAGGUUGUGGACAGGUGUCUUUUAUACUGAUAACAAGUUCAAACAGGUGCCAUUAAUACAGGUAACGAGUGGAGGACAGAGGAGCCUCUUAAAGAAGAAGUUACAGGUGUGUGAGAGCCAGAAAUUGUUUGUAGGUGACCAAAUACUUAUUUUCCACCAUCAUUUGCAAAUAAAUUCAUUAAAAAUCCUACUAUGUGAUUUUCUGGAAAAAAAAUUCUCAAUUUGUCUGUCAUGGUUGACGUGUACCUAUUAUGAAAAUUACAGGCCUCUUUCAUCUUUUUAAGUGGGAGAACUUGCACAAUUGGUGGCUGACUAAAUACUUUUUUUCCCCACUGUACUUGCAUACUUUUGUUUGUACAAAUGAACGUACUCCCAAGGAUGAACCAGACUUGUAGAGGUCUACAAAUUUUUUUCUGAGGUCUUGGCUGAUUUCUUUUGGUUUUCCCAUGAUGUCAAGCAAAGAGGCACUGAGUUUGAAGGUAGGCCUUGAAAUACAUCCACAGGUACACCUCCAAUUGACUCAAAUUAUGUCAAUUAGCCUAUCAGAAGCUUCUAAAGCCAUGACAUCAUUUUCUGGAAUUUUCCAAGCUGUUUAAAGGCACCGUCAACUUAGUGUAUAUAAACUUCUGACCCACUGGAAUUGUGAUACAGUGAAUUAUAAGUGAAAUAAUCUGUCUGUAAAUAAUUGUUGGAAAAAUUACUUGUCUUGCACAAAGUAGAUGUCCUAACCGACUUGCCAAAACUAUAGUUUGUUAACAAGAAAUUUGUGGAGUGGUUGAAAAACGAGUUUUUAUGACUCCAACCUACGUGUAUGUAAACUUCCGACUUAAAUCACCAAGGAAAUGUAGUUGAGCAUGUCACCCAUGGUGACAGGUUUCCAGGACAUCUUCCUUCCCCCCUGCUGCUUCUUGUCCCCAUACUUGUUGGUAUUACUAAUUAGUGUUCCCAGUACAGAGGUGGUAAAGUAGAGCUGAAACAGCUGUAAAGUGGUGUAUGUUUCAUCACUAACCAACUGUGGGCCUUCAGGUCAUUUGGGUUUAAACCUACAUUUUUCUGGUCCUCAGGACUGUAUGCCACCUGUCCUCAGUUUCAUCUCCCUCUUGUGCUGCUUCCCCUGCCUCUCCCUCUUCUCUGUUGAGGCCUAGAUCUCCUCCCUGCCCCCGCACCUCCAGAUGAACUUGCAGAGAGGGGAGUGGUGCCAAGGCCUACAGUGGGGGUGGUUGUGGAUGAAGAACCAUCAGACAGGGUGAUUGAAACUGCAGUGUGGGUGGUUGAAGAGGAGUGGGGCCUUUGUCGAGUUGUGGAUGUAGAACCAUCAGAUGGGAUGAUUGACAUAGCGGUGGGGGCACUUGCUGGGGAGGGAUGGUUCCCAAAUGUAAUCAUCCAAAUCCUCUGCAUCCUCCACUCUAUGGUGAAUAAAAUAAAGGGAUAUAUUGUUGUAAGACACACAGAAUUACAGUUGACUAAAUUUACAAAACGAUAUUACUGUAAAGGAAAAACACCAAGCCUAAACUUUAUCUGUACAGUGACUCACAUAGAAGGUGUGAAGUACACACGAAAAGCAAACAUAAACACUUUGGAGACAAAGGCAGAGGUGAGAACCACAAAUAAACAAUGGCCAUGUGAGUUUAGUGGCCUCUCCAAAGUUACAAGGAUGAAACUUACAACAGCAAACAGUGAACUAAUAUGAAACAUAGACAAUAACUACUUUGAAUUAUAUACAGUACCAGUCAAAAGUUUGGACACACCUACUCAUUCAAGGGUUUUUCUUUAUUUUUACUAUUUUCUACAUUGUAGAAUAUUAAUGAAGACAUCAAAACUAUGAAAUAACACAUAUGGAAUCAUGUAGUAACCCAAAAAGUGUUAAACAAAUUAAAAUAUAUUUUAUAUUUGAGAUUCUUCAAAGUAGCCACCCUUUGCCUUGAUGACAGCUUUGCACGGGGCUGGUAAUCAAUAACGGUAGGUCACAGACAGACAAAUAAGAUAUCUUCAUGAUCUGUGGAGUCACGGCUUUCGGUGUGUAUCAACGUAUUCCGUGUUUAUUUAGUAUAUGCUUCACAACGCUAACUGUAAUGUAGGUAGCAGCCAUCUUGAAAUGAGAUCAUUGGCUCGGCCUGCCCUUAUAUGGGCAUACGAAUUUAUAUGGUAGUAAGUCACACCAAAGAUUUGAAGGCACCGAUCAAUAGCCAAGAUACUCAGCUUUCCGCAGACACCCUGCUUUUGCAGAUAUGGGCUACCGUUCUCAUAAUAGACUGAAAUGAAUUGAAAAAAUCUAAUAGGGUCCCCAAAUAUGAGGACUUUACAUUUAAGAGCGAUCAGCACUGGUUUCAGAUGACACACUGCCUGGUGGUUUGCGUUGCCAUGGUGACAUUUCCUCCUUCCUGCCUGUGUGCCGGCUGGUAAUCUGAGUCAAGGUUAUAUUCCUCCCUCCCUCCUCUCGCUUUCCCCUCCUCCUCCUCCUCCUCUGGGCUGAAAAAGAACACCAGAUAUAGAUAAUGAGAGAACCGUUUUACACACUUUCUCACACACACGCACACUAAUGGUAUGGCAUCAAACACAUGGAAACCAUGUGUUUUGGUGAAUUUGAUGCCAUGCCACUCCAGCCAUUACCACGAGCCGUCCUCCUCAAUUAAGGUGCCACCAACCUCCUGUGACACACACACAGACUUACACAUUUUUACAUAUUUUUUUACAUCAUGGAGUUGUGUGUUGUUCAUGAACCUGCAAAUGGGAUAUAUAACAAUGUCUUCAUGUCUUAAGCUUGGGCUACAGUAGUGAGGUUCUACAAAGGCAAGUCACAUGGAAAGGACUUCCCCAGUGCGUACAAAAUCUCAACUCAGUCCAACCCUAUAAUAAGCCUUUAAGGACGGCAUGGAAUGUUUAUCGACAGUUUUCCUCCCAUCAUGCAGUUCACCCAGCAAGGUCUGGAUUGGUAAUCACAUGCUCAAAGGUGACUGCAUUAUGAGUCAUUAUGUCAGCUAGUGCAACCUAAAGCCCUGGUAAGGCUACAGUGAGAGUCAGUCAUGCAGGCAAAACAGCUGUUAAAGGUGCUGCUGCCUUAGUGUGUAUAGCAUUGCACUGGCAACGUCAGGAUAGUUUGUAGAGCAUUGCACUGGCAACGUCAGGAUAGUUUGUAGAGCAUUGCACUGGCAACGUCAGGAUAGUUUGUAGAGCAUUGCACUGGCAACGUCAGGAUAGUUUGUAGAGCAUUGCACUGGCAACGUCAGGAUAGUUUGUAGAGCAUUGCACUGGCAACGUCAGGAUAGUUUGUAGAGCAUUGCACUGGCAACGUCAGGAUAGUUUGUAGAGCAUUGCACUGGCAACGUCAGGAUAGUUUGUAGAGCAUUUCACUGGCAACGUCAGGAUAGUUUGUAGAGCAUUGCACUGGCAACGUCAGGAUAGUUUGUAGAGCAUUGCACUGGCAACGUCAGGAUAGUUUGUAGAGCAUUGCACUGGCAACGUCAGGAUAGUUUGUAGAGCAUUGCACUGGCAACGUCAGGAUAGUUUGUAGAGCAUUGCACUGGCAACGUCAGGAUAGUUUGUAGAGCAUUUCACUGGCAACGUCAGGAUAGUUUGUAGAGCAUUUCACUGGCAACGUCAAGAUUGUGGGUUUAAUUCCCGGGCCACCCAUACAUAAAAUGUAUGCAGCAUGACUGUAAAUCGCUUUGGAUAAAAGCCUCUGCUAAAUGGUAUUAUUAUUAUUAUUAUUAUUAUUAUUAUUAUUAUUAUUAUUAUUAUUAAGCCUAGUCAUGAGAACUUUACCAGAGUAUUGUGAUACUACAAUGAGAUACUAUAUGAAUGUAUCCAUUAAGAAAUGCUCUAUUUAAACAUUUAGCUACGGUGUGCCCCAAAUGAACACCACCCAGGUCAGUCUUGCUGUAUUUUCUAAUGUAGUGUGUGAUGUUUAUUUCAGGUGAAUGGUAAGGGUUCCCUGUGGUGUGUGGACCCAGAGUACAGGCCCAACCUGAUCCAGGCGCUGAAGAAGCAGCACUUCCCUGCAGCACAUGCCUUCUGCACACCACCUGCCUCCCCACCGCCUGCCUCCUCACCCCCUAGACAUCUCUUCCUGCAGGGCUGCUCUCUCAAAGGUGAGUCAUAACCCCCCAACACAACUUACAAGAACACUUUUAGACUGUUUUUUAUUGUUUUCUCUCAUCUGUCGUUCUUGUGAGGCUCCAAGAGAGGCUCCAGUGGGACAGAAAACAAGGUGUAGGCGACAUCACAGCGAAGACCAACCUUUAGACAACACACAACAACUCUCUGCUGGUGAUCACACCUCAGAUUCUCUAGAAAUAUGAUUAAUAUUACAUUUGAUCCAGUUUCAGCUCUCGCUGCAUGUGAUUUCAAAUUCACAUGGUUGUUGCCUCUGCACAUUUUCGUCAUGCAACUUUGGCCGACAAGACAUUCAGCAUAACCAUCAUCUUUAAUAAUUAGAACCCAUAGCGGCCAUCAAUGGCCUUUCUUUAAAUUACUAUAGUGGCCGCGAACGGUCUUGUUUUUCUAACAAUAAUGUGUCAAUAUCGCAAAAUGUACUUGCUUACAACCUGUUGUCGUAUUUGCGUGGCUGUCAUCAACCAGAUGUCGAGGUGAGUGAAAAAAGUAAAAAUCUGAUAUAUGUUUGGUGUUGUCGAUGUUUGUUUGACGCUGUGCAACUUGGGGAAUAGCUCACAGAUUAGCAAAUCCUGUCAUGUCAUGAUAACUUGGUUGGUACAGGCGAGCACAUCAGCGGUGGAGCUUGAAUGAUUGCUCUCUGUCUCAUGGAUAGUUGCAGUGUUUAGCUGUAUAUAGUCAGCUAGCUAGUUGUUGGUUUGUUUCAAUGUAAUUGAUAUGAAAACGUCCCAAGCUGCUUGCUAUAGCUAGCUAGCUAACUAGUUAGUCUAUCAGGUAAGACAAGUUGUGUGUAGUGGUACAUUUGGGAAGUUGUGUGUAGUGGUAUAUCUGGGCAGCGCUCACAAGCGUCAACCUCAGCUGUCAUUUUCACUAGCUAGCAAAACAGCCAACCAGCUAACUAGCCACCGAAAUGAAGGCUAGAGUAAUUAGUGUUUAUCUGUUGGGCUUAGGUUAUGGUUUGUCAUGUUUGCUAGGUGCAGAUAUUCAUAGCCUCAUGUUCCUAUUAUUUGACAGUUUAGCUGUCGUGUUAGGGUAGUAGAUGCCCACGCAGUGGAGCUCAUAUGAUGAGUUGGAUAUAAGUUUACAUAGCCAGCUAACAAGUUGCUUGUUUUGUCCAGUUUCUAGCGAUGCAAUUACUUUGGAAACUGUCCCAGCUUCGUACCUAAUCAGCUAACAUUGGCGUACUCUCUCUCUCUCUGUGAGUGAGUGAGUGAGUGAGUGAGUGGACUAUUGUAUCCUAUUUGUUGCUCCUCCCUCUGUUCCUCUAGGUCAGUUAAAGUGAAGGAAGUGAUGUGGAGAUUCAGGGCUUAGCAGCAGAAGGCAGGGAGGAAGAGGAGUUAGAGAUGAUUGGAGGGAUAGAAAUGUGGAGGAAGAGGAGAGUGAAGAGGGAGAAAAGAGUGGAGGGAGAGGAACAUGAAGAGGACAAAGCAGAGGGAGAGGUCUGUACUAAAUCGUAUUGAGACAAGUUACCUACAUUUUGAAAUAGUCUCUGAAUAGUUGUUUGCAUUUUUACAUUGUUACAGAAGUAAGAAUCGUUGUCAAUCAAAUAGCCUACUUUGUGUGGGUUUUGAAAUACUUUCUGAAUAUUGUCCUCUGGUCACAUUUUGGACCAUUUAUUUAUUUGUAUGUAAAUAACAUUUACAAGUAUAAUAUAUUAUACUUGGUAUAUUUUUAAGUGAGUAAUUUAGUCCAAUUUACUACAAUUUAAAUACGCUAGGGUUUUCUUGUUGUGAUGAGUGUUAAUCGCCUUUUGAUAGAGUGUCUUUACACAAUGGGAGACAAAAUGAGUGUUAUUCCUAUUGACAUGAAUGUGGUGUCAUAUUAAAGAAGAGGUAGUGUUCUUUAAAACUAAGUUAACUUGUAAUUGUCAUUUGUUCUUUGUUUUUGAGCUAUGUCUAUUUUUGUUUGAAAUGUGUGAGAAAAUGAGCUUCAUCUUAAACUCAGUAAUCUACAGCAGCAUUCUAGAAUGCUAUUGGGGUCUAAAGGGGUUAACUGUCAUUUUAGUCAUUGUUUAAUUUCAAACCAUAGAGGCCUCAGUGUAGAUUAUUCUGAUCUGAAUCCUCUCGCUCUCUCUCUCCUACCCUCUUGUUUGGUAACCUUGACUACAGAGACCCUGCGGAUAAUUCUUCAAUCCUCUAGGUGAUUAGAAAUCAUUUAGAGAACCUGAAGUGUGGGAUGGAGAGAGCUGGGAAAGCUCCCUUCCUCUUGCCCCUCCUUAACUGGCCACACACACACACACACACACACUGGCUAUUCCACUGACCACCAUGCAUGUUCUCUCCUCUUCUAGAGUCUGACAUAGAUGCUGCUACUGCCAUGAUGCUCUUAAACGCCGCCCCUGGCCAUCACCAUGCCGACCCAUGUAAGAGACUCCACCCCACACCAUGCCUCUUCCACUUCUCUCCUCUCUCUCUCUCUCUCUCUCUCUCUCUCACACUUUUUAACUUCUACUCCCCCCUUCUCUCUCUCUCUCUCUCUCUCUCUCUCUCUCUCUCUCUCUCUCUCUCGCUCUCACUUUUUAACUACUACUCUCCCCAUUCUUUCUCUCCUGCUCUCUUUUUCUCUGCCACCUACCCGUUUCACGCUUUCAUCUUUAUUUUAUUGCUUUUGCGUCCCUCUCCCAGCAUCUAUCCACCCUCACCUUGCUUUAGCACCCCUGUAACACAUCUCCCUGUCUCUCCAUUGAUUCAUAUAUACACUCGACAGCACAGUUCAAGUCCCACUCACAUAUUGUCAUUCUAAGCCAGACAAGGUUGCAUAUAGAAUUCUCUUCCUGUGAAUAACCCGUGUUGUAUUUUCUCCCAUGUCUUCUCAGUGUUCAUUCGACUAGACACUUCUGCCUCUGCUGUUGUCAUCAAUUGUUAUGAAUGUUAAUUACUGGGAUCUGCUGAACAGACACUCCCUAGCCCGCCGCUUAUUUCUCUUUAUCACAUAACCUACUCCCACUGCCCUGUUGCAUUCUGAAACGCUGUUUCUUUAGUGUUAAGAUGUUCUCCUCCUCCCUCUAAAUCUCCCUCUCCUCACUCCCCCUCUCCUCACUCCCCCUCCCUCUCCCUCUCCACUCCCUCCCUCACUCCACCUCCGUCCCCCUCUUCUCGCCCCCUCCCCCCCCCCGCCUCUCCCUCUCCUCCCACUCCCCCUCUCUACCCGCCCCUCCAGUCUCCUCCCCCCCCCUCCUCUCUCUCGCCCCCCCCUCCUCACAUCCUCCCCCCUCGGUCCCCCACCCCCCCUCGUCUCCCCCCCCCCCCUCCUGCCCCCUCUCAUCUCUCUCUCUCUCCCCCCCCUCUCCUCCUCAUUCCCCCUCUCUCCUCGCCCCCGCUCUCCUCCCCCCCCUCUCUCUCGUUCCCAGCUCCCCCUCCUCUCCUCGUCACUCCACCCCUCGCUCCCCUCUCUCUCCCUCCCGCCCCCUCUCUACUCUCUCCUCCCCCCUCUCUCUCUCUCUCCUCAUUCCCCCCUCUCUCUCUCCUCACCCCCCCCCUCUCUCUCUCUCCCCCUCUACGCUCUCCUCGACUCCCUAACCCCCUCUCUCCUCAGCACUUCCCUCACCCUCUCUCUCUCUCCUCCCCCUGACCCCUCUCCACUCACCCUCUCUCUCCCUCCCUCCACUCCCUCUUCUCUCCCCCGCCCCUCCCCACCCCCCCCCCCCCUCUCUCUCUCUCUCUCUCUCUCUCUCUCUCCUCACCCCCCCCCCCCCCCCCUCUCUCUCUCUCUCUCCUUACUCAUCCCUAUCUUAUUUCCCUCCCUGUCCCAGGUGAUCCAGAGAGUCCCCUGGACCUGUCCCGGCCAGACUUGGUGCUGGUGAGCAGCGAUCCUAAGCAGGACCACAACUACAGCAGCAUGGCCCUACAGCGCUGCUCCUCCCACUCCUCCUCCUCCUCCCUCUCCUCCCUGGACGAAGGAGGCACCUCCCCCGGCCACGCCCGCCACAGGCCCCGUACAUGCCGCGCCGGCAGCGAGGGUUUCCAUAGCGACGAGGAGGACUCCGACCUCGGGGACCGGGACGAGAGAGAAUGCCGCCCCCGGCCUGCUCCUCGCCGCUCCUCCUCCUCUUCGGUGAAGCACCCGGCGGGUAAGAGGGCCCGUAGGGAGGUGACAGCCAAGCCGGAGCUGGAUGAGGAGCUGAAGGAGGCGGCUGGGUCUCUGCUCCACCUGGCUGGGAUCCGUACCGCCAUGGACCUUAACAAACGCAGUGCCAAGAGCAAAAAACUGAACAGGAAAUGAGGUUCCUUCCUGCCCUUGCCCUCAGACUCCCGCCCCUUAACCCCUUACCCCUGACCGUGUGUCCUGAUUGGUCCUGGUUGUGCCUCCUUCUCCUUUUCUGUUUGCUGAUUGGCUGAUUUUGAGCCCGUUUUUUUGUUUGACACAUUAUGGGAUGGGAUAUCCCUCACUAUCCAACACAACAAAUGGCAAUAGUAUUAUUCACACAGGAGAACAAAGCCAUGUUGAGACUUUUGUAACUCGGGCGUAUCAGGUGGGUGGGUCAGGGUUAAGUGGGGUGUUUGUGGACUACUG